AUGAGAAAAACAAUUGCGGAGUUCCAUAACAUUCCUGAAGUCAUUCCGGAGAAGGCGUUCCAGAGAAAGCAUUCCAGAGAGGGCAUUCCCAGAGAAGGCAUUCCAGGGAAGGCAUUCCAGAGAGGACAUUCCAAAGAGGGCAUUCCCAUAAAGGGCAUUCCCAGAGAGGGCAUUCCAGAGAAGGCAUUCUGGAGAGGGCAUUCCAGAGAAGGCAUUCCAGAGAGGGCAUUCCAGAGAAGGCAUUCUAGAGAGGGCAUUCCCAGAGAAGGCAUUCCAGAGAAGGCACUCCAGAGAAGGCAUUCCAGAGAGGGCAUUCCCAGAGAGGGCAUUCCAGAGAAGGCAUCCCAGAGAGGGCAUUCCCAGAGAAGUCAUUCCAGAGAAGGCAUUCCAGAGAGGGCAUUCCAAAGAGGGCAUUCCCAGAGAGGGCAUUCCAGAGAUGGCAUUCCAGAGGAGGCCUUCCAGAGAAGGCAUUCCAGAGAAGGCAUUCCAGAGAGGGCAUUCCAGAGAAGGCAUUCCAGAGAAGUCAUUCCAAAGAAGGCAUUCCAGAGAAGGCAUUCCAGAGAGGGCAUUCCAAAGAGGGCAUUCCAGAGAAGGCAUUCUAGAGAAGGCAUUCCAAAGAUAGCAAGUGAAGGUUUUGAUUUCUCCAAAGAAAAUGUUUCAAGAAAUUUAACCUCUACAAUGGAGGGUUUAUGGUGUCACGAAUGUGGUCGUAGUGACCUGAGGGACUGCCCUGAGCAUGGGCCACUUCAUGCAGUCCCUGAUUCUGUGGUUCUCCCCCUUGCUCAACUCACUCUCCCUAAGGGACUUGUUAUUCGACCAAAUCUACGUACGCAUCCCCAGAGAGGUUUGUAUGAAUUCAUGGAUUUUUAG